GCGACACGAAUCCAUCCAAGUACUUUGUACCAGGACCAGUCCAGGACUACAACCACUCUGCAAGCUACCAUUCCCGUCUGUUGCUUUGCAUCACUACCAUCAUGGCGUCUCUCAAUACCUCUACCAACGGGCCAUCCAUUAAAUCCUCCUACCAAGGCGUCAUCAAUUCCGCAGCUCCUUCAGGCCCGCAGGCAAGCUCUCCAACCUAUGGCCUUUGGGCGGUCUUCUCCGUUUCUGCCCCUCUCGUAAACGCCUUCCAGCAAGACAGUGGUGGAAAGGAGAGCAUUCUAAAGGUUCAGAGUACAGGAGAGGGGGAGCUUAUUGACUUGAUCGAGGACUUCUCCGAAGGGCGGGUUCAGUUCGCAUUCGUGAAAGUCAAGGACCCAAACACUACACUACCAAAAUAUGUCUUAAUAGGAUGGUGUGGAGAAGGAGUACCUGAGAGGACGAAAGGAUAUUUCACAAGCCAUCUUGCUGCAGUUUCCAAGAUCCUACAUGGUUACCAUGUCCAAAUUACAGCCCGAUCCGAUCGCGACCUCACCCCAGAAAGCAUUGUCCAAAAAGUGUCAGAUGCUUCCGGGGCAAAGUACUCUGCUGGCAGCGCCGCCCCUCCUCCAUCCUCUGGUCCUCCACCACCGAUGGCUUCCAAGCCUGUCUUCAAUCCCACAAGGUCUGGCGCAGGAUCUGGUUUCAACCCAUUGGCUGGCUCGAGGUCAAGACCUGGCCAGAAUGACUCCAACGUUGAUAGUGAUGGAUGGGGUGCAGAUGCGCCUCCUGUGACAAGAUCCCAGCUCGAGAAGGUUCAGCCAGCAUACAAGCCAACAAAAGUUAACAUGGCGGAAUUGACAAAGCAGAAUCCUGAUGCUUCCCGAAGCAGUAGCGGACGAGCUGAUGAUUCGGGAGAUGUGGUCAAAGGAGGGUACCAACCAAUUGGGAAAGUCGAUAUUGCUGCUAUUCGUGCUCAAGCACAGAAGACUGGAGACGAUCGACCUACGAUAGUGAAAGGCGCAUACGAGCCAGUUGGAAAAGUUGACAUCGCUGCUAUCAAAGCACGCGCACAGAAGCCUUCAGAUGACGGAUCACGACAGCUAUCACCCGCUUAUACCGGAGCAUCAGCUACGAGCAAUACAAGUGACGAGCCCAAGUCUCUGGCUGACAGAUCCGCCGCAUUUUCGCAGUCCGAAAGACUCACCACUAUGCCCAAGCCCAAAGUUGCCAACAGGUUUGGAUCGAGUGCAUCUAAUUUUACGGGAACGAAAGCUCCUACGCCUGGGGUAUUCGGUCUGCAGUCAGCACCUGCUAAUGCUGCUCCCGCUCCAGUCGGUGCGGCGAGCAGAACUUUCGCCGAUGAAGGUGGAAAGACCCCAGCACAGAUUUGGGCCGAGAAGAAGGCGAGACAGAGAGGUCUCAGUGGUGCAGGCGAUGCUCCUCCACCAAGUGUAACUUCUCCUAUUGCAAGCCAGACAAGUGGAGGUGGGGAAUGGAAGAGCGGAUACUCCGGCAAGAGCUGGGCUCCAGUAGCUACCAACCCAACUGGACGUUCUGGCACUGGUAGCAUUGGUCAACAAAGAACUGGCGAAGAUGAACACGAGCAAGAAGCUCCCGCAUCGCCAGCUGGUGGUAUCAGUGCGAUUCGAGACCGAUUCAAGGGCGGCGCUCCGAUGGGAGCACCAGUCAUGCCGAGAUCAACAAAAGGAGAUCGUGACCAGUCCCCACCACCACCUCCCGUCAACAACUCGACUCGACCAACAGGCGGCGUUCCCAUGCCCGGCUUACCCAACAGAUCACGACCUGAUGAGGAUGAAGAAGAAGAUCAAAGCGGUCCAAACAUCCCACCACCACCCCGCGUCCAACGCAGCCCUACCCCACCAACACCCGAACGCGAUUCCUCUCCAGUCCGCAUCGCCAUGCCAGUCGCCCGCUCCAAGGAACCCGAACUCGAAGCCCCCGCCGAACGCAACCCUCCUUCAACCAUUCCCGCCAGCUUAGAGCGCGGCGUGAAAACCGACAUCCAAGACGGUAAAGAGCCCGCCGGUCACGACACCGCCCGCACAGCAGGCGUCGCCGUCGCAGCAGCCACCUUCGGAGCAGCAGCCGCCGUAGCAGUCAACCAAGACUCCGCCUCGAGCGGCAAGCGAGCCCUCAUCCAAUACGACUACGAGAAAGCCGAGGACAACGAGCUGGAGCUCGUCGAAGGCGAGUACGUCACCAACAUUGAGAUGGUGGAUGACGACUGGUGGAUGGGCACGAACGGCAAGGGCGAGAGUGGUCUCUUCCCAAGCAACUACGUCGAACUAGUCGAAGACGACGGAGAGGAGGAAUCUCAAGCUCCUCCCCCACCAGCACCAGCGCCAGUGGCAGAACCCGAGCCAGCAGCUGCUUCUUCGGGAUCUGCUGGUCCAACGGCUACUGCUAUCUACGACUACGAAGCUGCAGAGGACAAUGAAUUGAGCUUCGAUGAAGGAGCUACCAUUACUGGACUUGAAUUCCCAGACGAAGAUUGGUGGUUCGGCCAUUUCCGCGGAAAGUCAGGUCUCUUCCCUGCCAACUAUGUACAAUUGGACGAGUAGAUGUGGCGGGAUCAGAUGCCCACCAUUCUUUGCGAAGAAAUCGUUCGGAGGAAUAGUCGGUCGCAUGAUCGAUGGAUGAAGAUAUGUCAUGUAAAAAUUCUUGAAGUCACGUCUAUUUACUUACUUACAUACCUUCUUCUCCCACUUCUUGGCGAGGAACUUUGUAGGUAGAGAGGGAGGGAGAGCAAGCAAGCGGAGCGAGAAAAAUUAAAAAGCGAAAUUCAUAGUAUGAGGAAAUGAAUGAUAUCUGAUGUCAUGAAAACUCAAAAGUAUUUACCUGCUGAUCUGUGAAACGUUCAGCUUUGAUCUAGC